AUGGCAACCUGUUCCUUCCCUGUGCUCCGAUAUCUCUAUCUAUCAGAUAUCCGGUUGACGAAAUUCCCGUACUUCUUGAGUUCUUCCGCUGAGCUGAAAGGGUUGGACCUCUCCGGAAACAUGAUCAGUGGAGGGAUUCCUAAAUGGUUUUGGAGAGUAGGGAGGAACACAUUGACAGAAGUAGACUUCUCAGACAAUGAUUUUAAUGGUCCUCUACCUGACCCUCAUUCUUCGAUAGAGACGUUCGAUGCCUCCAGCAACAAUUUCUCUGGAGAGAUCCCAUCUUCAAUCUGCCAAGCCAGUUCACUAACUCAGCUCGAUCUCUCAAAUAACAGACUCAGUGGCACCAUUCCGAGAUGUUUGGGUGAUUUAAAAAGCCUCUUGUGGCUCGAUGCCUCUAAUAACAGUUUGACUGGAGAGAUCCCAUCUUUAGUCUGCCAGAUGGGGAAUUUAAGCUUUCUUUCCUCCUUGGAUUUGAGCUACAAUCUGUUACAAGGUCCACUGCCACAAUCUCUGGCAAACUGUACGAGCUUGCAGCAUUUAAUUGUCAGCUACAAUGCAAUAUCUGAUACAUUCCCGGGCUGGCUAAAUGCUGUCUACAGGUUGAAGACUCUACAUUUACAGUUCAACAGGUUUCAUGGAGCCAUUGAAAUUCCCCUCCCUCCGCAAAUUUCAUCCUUGAACCUCUCCAACAAUGAGUUUUCUGGACAGUUGCCAAUAAAUUUCCUUCUAAAUUCAACUGCUGAGUUCGUUGUCUUAGCCAAUAACAAUUUUGAAGGACCUCUCCCGAUUCUAUCACCAUCCGUCAAUUACUAUUUCGUUUCAAACAAUGAGUUCAGUGGAGACAUUCCUUAUCAGCUCUGCAACGCCACUGGGCUGGAGAUUAUCAACCUGUCCAAUAACUGCUUGACCGGCACCAUUCCUCACUGUUUGAUAAAUGUUAGUGUCUCCGUAUUGGAUCUACAAGGAAAUCAAUUUGUAGGUCAGAUACCAGAGAUAAUUUUCACUGAAGAGAGCUGGAUCAGGACAAUCCGCUUAGGUCAAAAUCAACUCAGAGGGACGUUGCCACGAUCUUUGACACGUUGCAAGGAUUUGGAAGUUUUGGAUCUCGGCGAAAAUGAGUUAGAGGGCCACUUCCCUUACUGGUUGGAUACUCUCCUCAUCUGCAAGUUUUCUGGUCGACUGCCAGCUGAGUACAUUGUCAUAUUAAUAGCCAUGAAGUUUGAAGAGAAAGGUGGUUUACAAUAUAUGGGUGACUCCAACUAUGAAGAUACCGUUUCACUGGUCAUGAAAGGGGAGGAGUUAGUGCUGGAGAAAAUUCUGACUGUGUUUACUACCAUCGACUUCUCAAGGAACUUCUUCGAAGGAGAGAUCCCAGAGAUCCCUUCUUCUGUGGAGAAUUUGACUAAUCUUGAGUGGCUGGACCUAUCCUCGAACAAGCUCAAUGGGGAGAUCCCCAAAGGAUUGGCAGAUCUUUCGUCACUCUCCACCUUGAAUCUCUCAUAUAACCAGCUUGUGGGACCGAUUCCACAUGGCCCGCAAAUGGAUACAUUCAACCACCCCUUUGAAGGGAAUCCCGGCCUGUGUGGUCCUCCGUUGUCAAAUCCAUGUGACACUUUGGAGCAGUCACCGCCGCAUUCAACUUCCCCUGAAGAAGAAGAAGGGCAUUGGAUUGAAUGGAGGGCAGUGGCAAUGGGCUGCGGAUGUGGACUCAUCUUCGGGAUGUCAGCAGGAUACCUUAUGCUGGAAACCGGGAGAUUGAGAUGGUUGGUGAGAAUGGUGCAGGGGAAAAAGCGCAGGAAAAAGACAAAAUACAAAAUAAUCAGGAGGAGCACCAGAGGCCAAUGA